UGGCCACGUGAGCAGUGUUUGCGGAAGCGGCUGUGCAUGUGUGUGUAUAUCGACAGGGGGGGGAGGAGUGCAAUGGCUCAGGCGGCUCAACCCAACAAAAACCCGCCGGAGGACCGGCCCCGUCCGCGGAACGUGUCCCGGGAGGAGGCGCUGAAGCUGGAGGGAUACAGACACGCCUGCCAUGUCAUGCUGUACGCGCCGACCACCGCCAAGCUCUUCGACCGUGUCCCCAUCAGAUACAUUGUGCUGAUGAUGAUGAGGUUUGAUGGUCGCCUUGGUUUUCCAGGAGGAUUUGUAGAUCUGAGAGAUUGUUCUCUGGAAGACGGCCUGAACCGGGAACUGCUGGAGGAAAUGGGCCCUUAUUUUAACACCCUGAAGGUGACGGAACAGGAUUAUAAGAGUUCUCAGGUCCGAGAGAUUCCACAGAAGGCCGUCACACAUUUCUUUGCCAAAGAACUAAAAGUAGAAGAGAUGGAAUCCAUUGAAAAAGAGGCUGUCCAUGCGAAAGACCACGGAUUAGAGGUUAUGGGAAUAAUCCGAGUUCCCCUUUAUACGUUACGUGAUGGUUUUGGAGGUCUUCCUGCCUUUCUUUCAAACAACUUCAUUGGUAACUCCAAAAGCCAACUCCUAUACGGGCUGCGAUCCCUCCGCCUACUACGCGAGGACCACAUCCAAGACGCAAUAUGGUCUAGUCAGAAUAUUCAGUUUUGAGUGUGUCGGUUGUUUAGGGAGAUGCAGAUAAGAUGUCCUUGUGGCGUGAUUAUGUAUAGAAAAAAUAUGGAUAUAAAAAGUUUCUGAAUA